CUUGGAUACUUGUCUAUCAAGGUGAAAUACUUGCGACUUUUGCAAAUAAGUGACUCUAGAUACAAAAAUUUGCCUCGCUCCAUUGGUAAGUUGAAACAUUUACAAUGUCUCAAUCUUCUAGCAAACAGGCAACUGGAGAGGCUUCCUGAUUCUGUGUGCAAACUCCAAAAUUUGCAAACUUUAAAUCUCUAUGGAUGUGAAAAUCUACAAAAAUUGCCUAAUGGAAUAGGAAAUUUGAUCAUACUUAAAGAACUAUAUAUAACCACAAAGCAAUCUAACUUCCCAAAAGAGUUAGCAAACUUGUCUUCUCUAGAAUUUCUUGCAUUCAGUUAUUGUGAUAAUUUGAUGUUUUCUUUUGAUGGAAUACAAUUUCCUAAACUUAAAGUGUUAAGUUUUGUAUCUUGUGGGAAUCUAAAGUCAUUGCCAUUUCAUAUCAUUUCCAAUAUAGAGUGUUUGCUCAUUGAGGAUUGUAAAAUGGUGAUAUUGUCAAAGGGUGAUGACAACAACCAAAUACCCAAUUUAAAGUUAAAGUUACUAAGUUUUAACUCCAUGCCUCAAAUAGUGACUUUUCCGCAAUGGUUUCAAGGAUGUGCAAACACCCUACAUUCCUUAGUUAUUGUUGACUGUGAAAAUCUUGAGGAGCUUCCUAAUUGGUUUUCAACUGCUAUUUCUCUCAAGAACAUUUCAAUUUUAAACUGUCCAAAAUUGUUAUCACUCCCUGAAGAUGUGCAUCACCUUAAAAACCUCGAAUGUUUAGAAAUGAAGGGUUGUCCUGAGUUAUAUAGAAGAUACCAGACAACAUUUGGACAAGAUUGGUACAAAAUAUCACAUAUCAAAGUUGUUGUGGUUGAACUUGAAGUUUAAACAGAGUUCCUAGAUUUGUACAAUGAAAAUUUGAAUGUAGUAAGUUUCUGUUGAAUUUCUUCUUUGUAUUUCAUUAUUUUUUGAAUAAAAAUUUCAUCAUGUAUUAAUUGAUUUUAUUCUAUGGAAAGUUUAUUUCAUUUUAUUAUCUUUGGUUAAUUUAUUCUAUGGAACGUUAAUUCAUUGGAAAAGGGAAUGCAUAUAUAGCAGAACUUUGGGGAGUGUUGGAAGGUUUAGAGCUUGCAAGAAGAAUGAAUUUUUAAGCAGUAGAGUUACAUGUGGAUUCCUUAGUAGUUGUUCAAGCUUUAACAGAUGAUAGCAAAGGAAGCCCUUGUGAAAGUGCUAUAAUUCAAAAAAUUAGAAACCUUCUUGGAUCGGAUUGGGAGGUCAGAGUUCAUCAUGCCUAUCGUGAAAUAAAUAAAUGUGCGGAUGCUCUAGCUAGUAUUGGUUGCUCCAUGAGAGUUGGUAGUAGUUUUUAUAAUUGUUGUCCUGCUCAGCUGAGUAGUUUGUUACUUGCUGACUUAAUGGGGAUAACCUCCCCUAAAUUGGUUUCUUUGUAGUUUUCCUUAUUGCUGGGUUUUUAAACCCUCUUUGAAAUAAAAAAAAAAAAGAUAAAAACUUAUUAUCUUCACAAUUUGAAGUGAGGUAGGAAAAUUGACAAGAAAUCAAUUGCUAAUAAUACAAGAAUACAUGAAUUGUAAUUCAUGUCUUU